AUGCCCACCAGCUUCGCCCAGCCUGCUAGACACACCCCUUUCGAUCGUCCUUUCGACCCACACUCUAUAUCGCCUCCGAGUCUUACAAGCACAAGCAGCCCCACUUCGAGCGACUCCACGGGCGACGACGACGAGGCCGCGGCCAAGGUCAGAGCCCGCUCCAGCGCGUCUCAUCGUCGCGCAGCCGACACAGCUGCUGCUGCUGCUGCUGCUGCUGCUGCUGCUGCCAGUUCCGCCAGCACCGCUUCAGUUGACGUCUUUUCGCCCAGCAUCUGGGGCGAACAUUCACAACACUUUGGUCAAGGCCUCGCCGUCAGCGCCUUUGAACCUCAUCAGCAGCCCAAAUCCGACUUUGAGGGAAUGAACUUUGCAGGCUGGGACAACAACUUCACUAAUCUCGGCGUGCAGAACAACGCCGAUCUAUCCAUCGAUAUGGAAUCGACAGCCAGCACCGAGUACGGUUUUUCGCCCACUUCCGUUCAAUCGCCCGCAUCGUCCCACACCGCCAUCGCCAGCUUCCCUGGUGCAUCCCAGGCCAUGAACAACGACAGUCCUAGCGGCUCCGACCGAAAGACCGGCUCCGCACCUCACGAUCCAGCUACAAUUACCAGCACGGAAAGCUUGGCCGGCAGCGGCGAAGACUCUGACACUCACCUUGCAUGGGCAGGCAAGGCGAGCGACAAUGACGAAGCCAUGUUCGACUCAUUUGUUCAGGCAGGCUCAUUUGGCUCGCCUGCCGUACGGGAUGAGCCCUUCCCUGCUAACGGCACCAACGGUCAUGCCUUUGCUGCGAUGAACAUCCCUUCUUCAUUGUCGUCGUCGGCCAUGAUGCCACCGUCGACGCAGGUGAAAGCGCCACCUGCCAGCGCACCCAAGUUCCACGCCAAUGCCAACGCCAGCACCAGUACUUCAUCAUCACGACGCAACUCGGGAGAGUCGUCCGAGCCUAGAAAGCUCCCUGGGUCUUCCUCAGCAACAGCACGACGAAUUGGGUCCCAAACGGCAGUGCACAGCAACAACCUCGACGCUGACCUAGGCUACUCGGCUUUCGAAGUUGUCCGUCCGAACCGGGAAGGUCUUAAGGAUCUCCAGGUCCACAUCAAUGGCGUUCCCAUGCAUGGCGCAAAGUCGCGUGUCGAAACGCAAAUCCGCAUGAGGAUUGAGCUGGUUCGGCCCAAGACCAGCCCUGCCGGCGGAUGGGAACGCAUCGGCUCCUUCUCGCACAUCAAGCUUCCGCCGCUCAGCGGCACCAAGCGCAAAUCGAAAAAGUAUCAGAAGACAGACGUGCCUCCCGAGAAGACGCUCUUUGUUGAUGCGACCGUCGUCAACGCAACACCUCCGCACGAUCGCGUCCAUGUCUGCAAGGGUUGCCGACAGAGAGAGCGCAAGCGCGCCCAUCGCAAGAAGGAUCCCAAGACGCCUGUCGAAAGCCAACCCACAGAAGAAGAGAUGAGGAGUCUGGGCAUUGAUCCAUCCGCGCCCGAUGCCGUCGAGAGGACGCAGGCACGCAUGGAGGAAGAGGAGAAGAAACGAGUCGUCCUCUUCAAUUGCGGCGACUUUGUCGAUUUCGAGGAAGGCGAGGCGGUUCUCCCUACGCGUAUCACCUGCUACUGCCGCCAUCACAAGGAGAAGGUCGGCUUUUGCGUCAUUUUCACCAUGCGCGACUGGCAAGGCCGCUUGAUUGCCACCGGUUCCACUCCACCCAUCAUGAUCACCGACGACCACAAAUCGAUGGGCCAGGCUGCCCAGGCCGCCCAGGCUGCUGCUGCCAGCGCUGCAUCCAACGUAGCCUCGCCCGCAGCACCGGCAUCGCUUGGUGUCAUCAAGCAGGUCAACGGCACAAGUCCCAGAAGCGUUGCUUCCCACCAUUCAUCGCAGCAGGAUGACCCGGCAGCCACCUCUACGAGCGGUAGCGUGACACCCAACGGCAGCAUCACCACCGAAGCACCGACCAAGGCCAAGAAGGAACGCUCCAAGCCUUAUGACGGCAGCCGACGUCGCCGCAACACUUCGGGCAAGGAUCUCAACAUGACGCCGUACUCUGGCACCGGUCAGAACACGCCCUCUGUGACCGCCACUUCGCCCGCUAACUGUGUCGACUUUGGUUCGUCUGAUUUCUGGAAUGCCUUUGCCACUGCCGGUACGGCCAUGAAUGGCCUCGACCGCAGCAACAGCACCAGUACCGGUGCCAAGACGCCUGGCGAUGCUUCGAGCGUGGGUGGAUCCCCCGCACCUCCGAGCUUGGGCGGAUCGCAGCCCGCGCAGCAGGCCAACGGCGGUUCGCAACAUCCGCUGACACUGCCACAGAUGCCGCCACAGAUGCAGGCUCAGCUUGCACAGGGCUCGUUGUCCCCCACCACCUUGCAAACCAACCUCGCCAGCUUGCCCAACUUUGAUCUGGAACAGUUCUUCCGGAACGCACAGGCAGGCGUCUCGAGCGGUGUCGACUUUGCCCAGCUCAUGGCUAUGGCCGCUGCUGCCGCCCUACCUCCUCACCUGCGACCAAAUUCUGGCUUAGCCGCCGCCACGCCUGGCUUUGCACAAGCCUCUCCACCGGGGCCCAACCACCAGAUUGAGCAAGCGCCGUUGCCCAAAAUCUCCAAGCUCAUUCCCGGCGAAGGACCCACCAGCGGCGGUAUCGAAGUGACGGUUCUAGGAGAGAAUUUCACCGAAGGCAUCACUUGCGUGUUUGGCGACGUUCCAGCCGCCAACACCAAGGUGUGGGCCAGCAACACGCUCGUGUGUUUACUGCCGCCGAGCUCAAGCCCAGGCCCUGUCGUCGUGAGCGUCAAGGGUGCUGGACAAGUUGCCCCGCCGCCUCCAGUGAACGGCCCUUUGCAACUUUUCACGUACAUCGACACCACCGACCGUGCGCUCAUGGAACUGGCAUUGCAGGUGGUUGGCCUGCAAAUGACGGGACAGAUGCGAUCAGCCCGCGAAGUCGCCAUGCGCGUUGUCGGCUCUGGCGGCAGCCAACAGCCUGGCAUGCCGCCCACCUUCAGCAAUGGAGGUGGCAGUGGUGGCGUUGGGCAUGCCGACGCUCGUGAAGCUUUUGCUGGCCUUUUCACGGGUCGUUCGCAGAGCUCCAACUUCCAAGACACCCUGGUGCAAUUCCUCUCGCUGCUCGACGCAGAUGUGAGCAACAUCGAGCAGGCAGAGCCACGACCCGACGCGAUCCGACUGGCCAACAAACAGGGCCACACUUUGCUGCACCUUGCUACGCUUAUGGGUUUCCACAGGCUUGUCGACGCUCUCAUUACCCGAGGUUGCCCGCUUGACGCACGCGACUGCAAUGGUGUCACGGCGCUCCACUUUGCCGCAAUCCAUGGUCGCCUCACCAUCGCGCGCAUGCUCCUGAGAGCGGGUGCUCGAGACGAUGUCGCCGAUGUCCACGGCCUCUAUGCCAUUGACCUGGCGCGAAAUCAUGACCAGGUGGACGUCGAGAUGAUGCUCGACAACACGGCCCGCACUGGACACUGGCAGACCCGUCGCCUCACUUCGCACGCCGCUGCGAGCCUCUUGUUCGACGACGACGCAGAGGACAUUGUUUCCGACGAGCUCAGCAGCGAGCCUAGCCAGUCGGACGUUGAUGACGACAACGUCAGCACCAGCUUUGACGAGUACAGCGAUGACAGCUGUUCGGUCAGCGGCGAUGAUGCUGACCAAAUUGCUCGCCGCCCUACCUCUACCGACGUCGAGGAUGACGUCGAAGCUCGUGAGGCUCUCUCGGAGCUUCCAACUCCCAUCAUCGACGACGAAAAGGCUCGUCUCAAGGCAGCGGACGCGCGUCUGGCAGAUGCGGCUACCCUGCCAUCCGACGUCAAGAAGAUCUCGGCAAAGGAAGCGACCAUUGAUGACCCUGCCGACACGCAGAAAUCGUGGUUGACCAAGGCGGGUGAUACAGGCGCCGACUGGAUGAACCGAGCCUUCCUUCCGCAAACGAUGGCCCACAAGUUUGCUCAGCUGCACAUGCCAGCAAUGCCCGCAAUGCCUGCCAUGCCCGCCAUCAACGUCUUCCAUCUCGGUCUUUCUGGACCCGCGUUCAUGCCGUGGUCCGGUGCUCAGCGAGACAAUCACGCCGAUGUCAAAGCAGACGGAGACGACAAGGGCAAGACGCGUUCGAGCGAUGAACCCGUCGAACAAGGCUGGGAGCACGAUGACCGCAGCCGGCUGCUCACGCUGUGGAAGAACAUUGUCGAGGAAGGCGCUUGGGGUCUCAACCCGCUGCACACUCCUCCACCCGCUUACGAGUCCGUUGCUGCAGGCGAAGAGCACGGCGUCCCCAAGCGCUCUGCUCAGGAGUCUGCCACGUCAGCCACCAGCAUUGCUGCCGAUACCACGUCGGAAUCGAGCACACCCACUGCGGGUCCUUCGCGCAGACCUUCGUCGCGACGACGCCAGCCUCACGCUGGUAGCGAAGUCUUUGCCACUGCUGGCACCUCGGCAUCUGCACAGUCUUCCAAGUCAGGCUCAUCUGGCAGCAACACGGGCAAGGGCAAAGCGCCUGCACAUAGUUCCUCUACCGCCGUCGCCCGCCGUCGCAAGGGGCAGCUGCAGCUGCGGGACGACGCCAUGCUGGUGUGGUUCUGGAUUCCUGUGCUGCUCAUCGCCGCCGUGGUGCUGCUCUGUUCCAAGAGCUCGAGCAUCUUUAGCUACGCUGACCUCAUGAGCUAUUUGGACCUGCCCGCCGUCGGACGCAACCGAGAGGCUUGA